AAUGAGGGCGUGAUUCUAGGGGGUUGGGAAUGACGUGGCAAGAGGAUUGGGAGUUGGGGUUACGUUAGCAAAAAGCGCAAUCUUUUAACAGAUUGGGUUUUGUCAUGGCGGUGGUGGUAAGGAAGGUGGCUUGGGUUGGAAUGGGUGGUUAUAUUUCCAUAACAAAAUGGAUCCUUCCUUUCAAAUUAUUCGAUGUCCAUUGCUGUCCUUCUAUUCUCUGUUAUUUACUCCGUUAACUCAUCGACAUAGUUUCUUUCUCCGUUUUACAAUUUUGAUUUAUCCAAACGACUUUCCACGCGGUGAUUCCUAGGUUCGUAUCCGUUACUCACUGAUCUUCUUCAACGUUUGAAUUUCGUUUUUUUUUCUUUUUUCUCUUUUUUUUUCUUUUGUAGAAGAUAGAAAUUUGACAACAAUUUGAUCCGUUUGUUUCCUGAGAUAAUUUUAGUAGGUAAACAAGGAAAAAACAAAAGAGAGACCAAAAAUUGUUUUUCCAUCCUAAUUUUGUUUUUCCUGGCGGUAGUUUCAGCGUAGUUACAACGCAUUUUUAAUUUAUAAUCUUUUUUUUUUUUUUUCCUCGUUUGGAUUUUCUUAUCUAACAAAAAGGUGUUAUGUAUUCAGGAUUCUUAGGGUGUUUCUGACUAUAGAAUUGGGAUUUUUAUUUUCUUUUUCUUUUUUGUUUCGAACUUUAAAUUGUUUGUAAAAAGUAUAGAGAGAAUGGGAAAUACUGCGAGCAGUAGCGCAGGCCGGCAGAGGCACCGUAGCCAGCCAUCUCCACCACCGAUGCAGCCACCCCCACACCCAGAUGUUACUGGAGACAGAUAUUAUUAUGCUACUACCACUCCAUAUCCGUCUCAAUAUUCUCCAAACCCCAAUCCAUCCCCAUAUUACCAGUACCCUAUAUACCAUCACCCACAAGCAGUACAUACUUCAUAUGCACACCCUUAUGGUGCCAGUGGUGGCUACCAGGGUCCUCCUGCCAAUACGGUUGGUCCGCACUACCCUUGUAAUGUUGUUUUGCCUCCAACUACUCCCUAUGUUGAACAUCAGAAGGCAGUGCCUAUUAGAAAUGAUGUGAAUGUAAAGAAAAAGACUUUGCGAAUGGAGCCAGAUGAGGAGAAUCCGGGAAGCUUCCUUGUCGCUUUCACUUUUGAUGCCACUGCACCUGGAAGCAUUACAGUUAUGUUUUUUGCUAAAGAAGAUCAAGACUGUAACCUUAUAGUGACAAAAGAGAGCCUGCUUAAAUCGGUCACAGUGCCUUUUCAGCAAGGUCUUGGUCAGAAGUUCAGGCAACCUUCUGGAACUGGUAUAGAUUUCUCAAUAUUUGAGGAGACCGAGUUAAUAAGAGGGGCUGAGAGAGAAGUUUAUCCUCUGGUGUUGAAGGCUGAAGCAUGCCCACAAACCAAUGAGAAGCAUGAAUGUGAUGGAAAUUCAUCUGGGAAUUCUCAAAUCACUCAGGCAGUUUUUGAGAAGGACAAAGGUGAAUACCAAGUGCGGGUAAUAAAACAGAUAUUAUGGGUGAAUAAGACAAGGUACGAACUGCAGGAGAUCUAUGGAAUUGGGAAUGCAGUUGAUGAUUUAAGUGGUAAUGAUUCCGGGAAAGAAUGCGUUGUUUGCUUGUCAGAACCUCGAGACACAACUGUUCUCCCAUGCCGGCACAUGGUGUUGUAUGUGCAGUGAUUGUGCUAAGGUUCUUAGGUUCCAGACAGAUAGAUGUCCCAUCUGUAGGCAACCGGUUGAGCGGCUCUUGGAAAUCAAAGUGAACAGUGGUGCAGAUAGUUGAGGGUGAUCAACAAUUGUCAUCUUAAUGUUUUAUAGUACAAUACUCUUUUCUCUUUUUCUUUGGAACAACCCUGGUUUUCCAGUUAAUAACUUAACAGAGUUACCAUUCGAUUUCAAAGGGGAUUAUGGCAUCGCUUUCAAGUUCUUUUUGACCUCACCUUCUCUUCAGUUCAAUACAGUUUUUGUAUUGUUGACCCCCUGAGACAGAGUUGGUAUUUACUUGCUCAUAAAAAUGCGAUUUGUACAUGUUCAAGGACGUACUUGCUGGCCAGCUUUGCUACCCUUCAUAGUCUUUAUAGGUUCACAGGAGUAUCGAAAUCUAUGUUUAUUGUAUCAUUCUUAUUUCUAAUUGGCAAUUGGCAGUCAAGAUUUCCAUAUUAAUUUUUAUUUUUAUUUUUUGUCA